CACAAUUAGUUCGAAUUUAAGCGUCAUGGCUGGCACACGUCAAAUCUCUCUUGCCUUAUUUGUUGGCCUUGUGUUGGCCAUAGCUGUUGUUCAAGCAGGGCCCACUUCGCGAAUUUUGGGUGGCAGUGAUGCUGCAGCCGCGCAAUAUCCUCACAGUGUUUCCAUACGCGUAGAUGAUGCCCAUGUAUGUGGAGGUACCAUUGUAUCGGAGAAAUAUAUCCUGACUGCAGCCCAUUGUGUAUCGGAGGUGGCUACUACCUCCAUUGCUCCUUCUCGUGUUAAUGUGCGUGUGGGCAGCAUCAACCAGUUUGCCGGUGGUCAAAUUGUCCCCUGCCAAUCGGUGGUCAUUCAUCCCAACUAUGGCAGUUUCUUGCAUGACAUUGCCAUUGUGGGCCUAAGCGAACCCCUUCAGUUCAACGACAAAGUCAAUAAAGUCAGCUUGGCCUUUGCCGAGGAUGUCUUUGAGGAAGGAACUCCUGUCACUGUCACCGGUUGGGGUCUACAGGAAAGUGGUUCCUCGCCCUAUAAAUUGCAACAUGUAACCAUGUCUGUACUCAGCGGUCCCGAGUGUGAGCUCCAGGCUGGCUAUGGCUACGAUUCGGUCAUCUGCUUGGACCAUCCUGAAAAUACUGGUUUUUGUCGUGGCGAUGAUGGCGCCGGCGUUGUCAGCGGUACAAAAUUGAUUGGUGUGGCCAGUUUUUCGUUUGGCAACUGUGGCACCAAAUACCCCGAUGUCUCUAGCAAAGUCUCAUUCUACAGGGAAUGGAUCGACGGAGUUAUGGCAUAAGAAGUGCGAGAAUGGGUGAAGUUUUAAUGUCGAAAAUAAAUUUGUAAUUUUAUUUUUGUGUUCUAGAAUUUAAGGAUUUCAACUAAUGGUUGUGCAAGUGAGUCAUAAAUAUUGGGGUAAUCAAUAAAAAGAAACGUCUGAUAUGGAUUA